CGCACCUCUCUUUCGUCUGCCAGCGAUGACCAUUCUAACGACCCAAGCAACGCUAACGACCUCCAGCCUCUUGUCGCAAGCACUGACAAACGGCUUUUUCACGAAAUCUGAUCUUGACGGUGCAUACAUGGAUCCAACCCGCGUGUAGAAGUCGGUAUACACUGCCCUCCCACAUUCAACAAUACUUGCUCUGGAGCUUCUUAUUCCUUCACCUCAACACCAGCGCAACUCGGGCCCAAAGAAGCAAGAGCCCAAGAGCCGAAUCAUCUCUCACACACAUCCAUCUCUCCACGCACCCUUUCCGAUACACCAGCACGAUCCUUGAUCCGCGCAAGGUCAGCAACGACGCCCUUUGACGACCAACCAGGCACCGAUUGUCCAAUCGAAUACCCUUUUACUCUUCAAAGUUCAACGUCGCUACAAUGGGUGUCGUCUUCAGCUGCUUUGCUUCCGUUUUCAUGUACACUGGCGAGCUCCUUGAGCACGCCCUCCUGGCCAUUGGCGAGAUCGGUUCCAUUCUCAUCCGCGGCCUAUUUGCCAUCCUUGUUGGCCUCUGCGACAUCCUUGCCGCUAUCUCGUGCUGCUGCACAGUUCCCUGGUCACAACGACCGGACCGCACCGGCUUUUCGGCGGACACGCUCAGCGCCGAUGUCGGCCGCGGUGGCGUGUUUGCCAGCUUUUGCACGUCACAAGGCCGCGUGCGAAGGCAGGAGCAGAAGCUCGCAAAGAAGAAGGAGCAGGACCUAAAGGCGGGGGCGGCUGCGAACGAGAAGCUUGAGCGCGAGAAGGCCAAGCAGCAGACCAAGAUGCAGGCCAAGGAGAAAAAGCUCGCAGACAAGGCGGAAAAGACGAAAGAGGCGGCGCCGCCCAGCAAGACGGAGAAGUAAAAUUAACACCCGUUUAGCCCACGCCCUUUGCUUCUUCCUGCAUCAUAUCCUGACUCGCAACUUUUCACUUCUGUCCAUAGUUACUCUUACGUAUUUAUCCAUUCCUCCCUCUUCCGUACACUCUAUGAGGGUACAAAAAACGUGGUGUUUCGGCCUGUCCGCCUGCUGCUGGUGUGCAGACCAGGCGUAAUUACCUACUGAGCGAUCACAGAGUGGCGAUGCCCUUGCAACGCCUGAAGGAGCUGAUACGUGA